AUCAGUUCAAUUACAAACUUCCAGUGUUCAUUUUACAGUCGCUGUACAAACCAAAAAAAUCAAUCAAAAUGUUCAAAUUGUUCGCCCUCGCUUGUGUUUUGGCCAUCGUCAAGGUUGAUGCCGGUUAUGUUGCUGCUCCAAUCAUUGCAGCUCCAGUUGCCACCAGCUACAGCUCAAGCCAUGUUGUCCAUCAUUCAGCUCCAGUGAUCAAGACUGUCCCAGUCGUUCAUGCUGCACCACUCGUCCAUGGACCAGUUGUUCACAAAGUUGUUGCUGCUCCAGUCGUACACACAGUCCACUCAGCACCAAUCAUCAAGACUGUCCAUGCUGCCCCAUAUGUUCACCACGCACCACUCGUACACGCACCAAUUGUUCACAAGACAUUCGUCCCAGCCCACCCAGUUGUCAUCCACCAUUAAAAGUUCAUCUAUCUAAUGCCUACGAGUUAACCAAUGUUCAUCGUGAAGUUUAAAUUGUUUGAUUAAAAAAAUAUAUGAAAAAAAUCAAUUGAGAAGAAAAAAUAAUGAUUGAGGAUAUAAAAAAUACAUUGGAAGUCAUUUUUUAAAAAAAUGAAACAAAAGAAA